UCGUUAGUGGGUACCGGUCACACUGUUGAUCAGUAGUGUUGCCGUAUCGCAGCCAUGCGCUUGCCCAUUCGAAUUAAACAAUCAAUUUCGGACCAAUUUAAGCAUUUUACUUCCUAAAUGGAUGAUCCAUCCGCCACGCUCUUGCCCGGACAAUCGGAAGAUUUGCGGCAGGCUCGCGAUGCGGAGCUGAAGAAGGUGCUCAAGCUGAAGCUAGUGCUGGACGAGCUGCGUCGCUUGGAUGUGGGCUCAAAUCCGAGUGAGGAAAUCAAAAGAGCUCUCAAAUUGGUUUCCAUUGGAAGCUAUGCGCGACUGGGCGAGAUGGAGGGAGCUGGUCAGGAGCAGGUGCUUGGCCUACCGAGCGGCAGCAGUUUUCCGCCCUUGAAUUACACGGAUCGCAAGACGGUGCGCACCAAAUUGUCCGCUCAAUUGCGCGCAACUCUGCAACCCAUUGCCGAAGUGUGCGACAGGAUACGCGAGGAGUUUCCGGACGCCUUUGGCCAGGAGGCGGACUUAAGCUGCGACCAGAAGGAGAUCCUGCGCCUGGAGGAGGAGCAUCGCAGCGGUCUGGAGAAAUUGGUUGCGCUUCUCACCCGUAAGUGCACGCUUCUCAAGGAGACCGCCGAAUUGAAAUUGGGGCCGCAGUUGGCAAACGAACUGAAAUUGCAACAGGCGCAGGCGCAACUUGUUCAAACAAAAGCAGAACUACUGCGCGGAUUUUUCAUCCACGAGGCCGCCUCUCGCACCGAACAUAGCGUUAAGGCACACAAGGAGGUGGAGGCGCACCUGGACGAGUUGCUCGCCGCCAAGAAGUAGAUUUAAGCAAACUAUAACUACAUAUGUAAAUUAGAUUUUUAAAUACAUUAUAAUUGUGAUUUAAA